CAGGGGCGGACUGACCAUUUGGAAACUCGGGCACUGCCCGAGGGCCCGGGGUCGGUAGGGGGCCCCAUGAGAUGCCCCUGGUACCAUUUUUUUUUUUUUAUAGGCUUUUUUGACUUUGGGCAAGGACACAAGGGCCCCAUGAUCCCCUAUUGCCCGGGGGCCCCAUAAGUUAUCAGUCCACCCCUGCGUUGCUGCCCAUCAGUGCCACCUAUCAGUGCUGCCUAUCAGUGCAGCUUAAUCAACGCACAUCAGU